GUCAUGGAAGAUUCUUAUCUGAAGCUCAUUUCCUUCCUCAUCCUAUCACUCGCUUGGGUGGUUCUCACAGACACGAACCCAAAUGAUGUAAAUAUUCUGAACCAAUUCAGAAAAGGGUUGAAGAACCCUGAACUGUUGCAGUGGCCAGAAGAAGAAGAAGGAGGAGACCCAUGUGGCAAUCCUCCAUGGAAAUACAUCUACUGCAACGGAAACAGAAUUUCUCAGAUUCAAGCCAAGAACUUGAACCUUGUGGGUUCUCUGCCUCAGAACAUGAACCAACUCACCAUGUUGGAGAAUCUAGGCCUUCAGAACAACAAGCUCAAUGGUCCCUUACCAUCUUUCAGUGGCUUGUCAAAGUUAAAGUAUGCGUUUUUGAACUACAACGAGUUCGAAUCCAUCCCUGAAGAUUUCUUUGAUGGGCUUGAGAGUCUUGAGGUUUUGGCAUUGGAUUACAACAACAACCUCAAUGCCACCACUGGUGGGUGGCAAUUCCCUUCAGGGUUGCAGGGUUUGACACAGUUGACCAAUGUGUCUUGUAUGAGUUGCAACUUGGCUGGUCCAAUUCCUAGUUUUCUAGGGAAAAUGGUGUCUUUGUCGGUGUUGCAACUUUCCGGCAACAACUUAACCGGCGAGAUUCCGGCGACAUUUAAUGGCAUCCCGGGUUUGCAGGUUCUCUGGUUGAAUAACCAACAGGGUGGCGGCCUCACUGGUACUAUAGAAGUGGUGGCAACCAUGGUCUCGCUCACGAGUUUGUGGCUCCAUGGGAAUCAGUUUGAAGGUAACAUUCCGUUGAAUUUUGGGAAUUUGACUUUUCUGAAGGAUCUUGAUCUCAAUGGGAACCAGCUUGUUGGGUUAAUCCCUGAAGCUUUAGGUAAAAUGCAAUUGGACCGUUUAGAUUUGAACAACAACCACUUCAUGGGUCCAAUCCCAAAUUUUGUAACAAAAAAAGUCACUUUUGAUUCUAAUAAUUUUUGUCAGUCCAAACCUGGGGUUCUUUGUUCCUUUGAGGUCAUGGCGCUGCUAGAGUUUCUUGGUGGGUUGAAUUAUCCUUCAAAUCUAGUUAAUUCAUGGACUGGUAAUAAUCCAUGUGAUGGACCGUGGUUGGGAAUAAAGUGCAAUGACAAUGGAAAGGUAACUAUGAUUAUUUUGUCUAACUUUAAUCUUAGUGGUACUCCAAGUCCUUCGGUUGCAAACUUGGAUUUCCUUGUUGAAAUCAGGUUGGGAGGUAACAAUCUUAGUGGUGAAAUACCCAGCAACUGGACUAGCUUGAGAUCCCUGACAUUGUUGGAUCUAAGUGGUAAUAACAUUUCCCCUCCAUUGCCAAAUUUUCCUAGAAGCUUGAAACUUGUGAUUGAUGGUAAUCCUCAGUUAAAUCAUGGUAGCCCAGAAAAAUCUCCAUCAGGGACUAGCCCGUCAUAUAGAAAGGCUGAACCUUUAUCUGAUAUUCCAUCAACAGACUCAAAUUCCAAUUCCAGUAGUUCUCUUGAUUCAAAAAAUUCCAAAAGGGAAAACUUGGUUUCAAUUGUUGCCCCUAUUGCAGGUAUUGCAGUUGCAGCUUUUCUGCUCAUUCCCCUUUAUGUAUAUUGUUUCAGGAGGAGAAAGGGUAUCUCCAAGGGUCUUAGUUCACUAGUAGUUCACCCUAGAGAUCCAUCUGAUUCAGACAAUGUGGCAAAGGUUGUUGUUGCUAACAAUAGCAAUGGAAGCAAUAUUUCCACAGCAUCAGGCAGUGGGUCAGGGAAUCUAAUUGGAAAUGGGGAGUCUCAUGUCAUUGAAGCUGGAAAUCUCGUGAUAUCAGUUCAAGUUCUUCGAAAUGUGACCAAGAAUUUUGCCCCAGAGAAUAUGCUUGGACGUGGAGGAUUUGGGGUUGUUUACAAGGGAGAAGUGGAUGAUGGGACUAAAAUUGCAGUAAAAAGAAUGGAAUGUGGUGUGAUUAGCAGCAAAGCCUUGGAUGAAUUUCAAUCUGAAAUUGCAGUUCUAUCAAAAGUUCGACAUCGUCAUUUGGUGUCUCUUCUAGGUUAUUCAGUUGAAGGUGCGGAGAGACUUCUAGUUUAUGAGUAUAUGCCACAAGGGGCUCUCAGUGAUCAUCUUUUCCAUUGGAAGAGCUUACAAUUGGAGCCCCUAUCUUGGAAGAGGAGGCUCAAUAUUGCUUUGGAUGUUGCCAGAGGAAUGGAGUAUCUUCAUAGUCUGGCUCACCAGAGUUUCAUUCACAGAGAUCUUAAAUCAUCAAAUAUUUUGCUUGGGGAUGACUUUAGAGCAAAAGUUUCCGAUUUUGGGCUGGUAAAACUUGCUCCUGAUGGCAAAAAAUCUGUAAUGACACGACUUGCUGGUACAUUUGGAUACUUGGCACCAGAAUAUGCAGUAACUGGAAAAAUCACUACCAAGGCAGAUGUUUUCAGUUUUGGUGUCGUCCUAAUGGAACUGUUAACCGGAUUAAUGGCACUUGAUGAAGAUAGACCUGAGGAAAGCCAAUACUUGGCAGCAUGGUUCUGGCAUAUAAAAUCAGAUAAGGAGAAACUAAUGACUGCUAUUGACCCAGUCCUUGAUAUAAAGGAAGAAACAUUUGGGAGCAUCAAAACCAUUGCUGAGUUAGCUGGGCAUUGCACUGCCAGAGAACCAAACCAAAGGCCAAAUAUGGGUCAUGCUGUGAAUGUUCUGGCACCACUUGUUGAAAAAUGGAAACCAUUAGAUGAUGACACUGAAGAGUAUUCAGGCAUAGAUUAUAGUCUUCCCCUUAACCAGAUGGUAAAGGGGUGGCAGGAGACAGAAGGAAAGGAUUUGAGUUAUAUAGACAUGCAAGACAGUAAGAGUAGUAUCCCAGCAAGGCCUACUGGAUUUGCAGAGUCUUUUACUUCUUCUGAUGGUCGGUGAAACAAGCCUU